UAGCCGCACACCGCAAUGAUAAGUUUCUCCUUCAUCUCGGCAUCAACAACUGGACGUCGGGGCGUCAAGACGUCACUGACGACCAUGGCUGAGAUAUCCAUCCACCAUCGCUGCUUUGUUGUUUACCUCCUCUGGAAGUCCCAGAUGCCUCGGAGGGCCAAACGCCGUCAUUUUUGGGUUUACACUAUCCUGCAGAAGCGCAUCCAGCUCAGCAAGUUUCACCACCUCCUCCAGGAACUCCGUCUGGAUGAUAGCCGCUUUCAGCGGUACUUCAGGCUGACUGGGGCCCAGUUUGAGGACCUGUUGGCGAGGGUCGGCGCCAGGAUCUACCGGCAGGACACCAACUACAGCCGCUCCAUUUCAGCUGCGGAGCGUCUGUCCAUCUGUCUCCUAGUGAUGGCAGGUUGGAAGAAGAACUGGAGGACACUGAGGCUGCUGGUCCUCUUCAGCCUCAUCAUCCUCUCUGAACAAUUUGAGGUGAGAGAUGAUGAGUGGGAGGAGCUCGGCCCUGAUAUCGCUGCACUGCACCGCCUCAGAGGACUGCAUGAACACAUGUUCCAUGAAAGGCUCAAGAACCCAUCGGACCAAAGGGGCACAUCCAUCCAUGGGGCCAGAGCUAGGAGAUCCAGUAGCGGAACGAAUACAGACAAAGACCCAAUGAGUUUGCUGGAUGAUCUUCAGGAGUCUGAGAAUUUCGCAGCUUCUGUCAUUCAAAGAGGGCCGGAUUUUGACAGCUUCUUGGCAGCUAUUGAUGAACAGAAGACACAAGAUUGGCUGCUACGUGCUUCAGAGAUCUCGCGCAGCUACAGCCAAAAACUUCUGGUCAUGACUGACGAAGAAAGUUCAACAAAUGAAAGAGUGCAACAGGAAUACAGCUUGGAUCCUCAUAACUCAUUGAUAGUCAGCAAAGAAUGCUUGUACAAUGUCUCAUGUGUACCAGAAGCAGACAGCUACACUGUAGUGAAAAUAUUUGGAAAUGUUUCAGAAGAUGGACAAACCAUGUCCGGCCUUUCUGGCUCAUCACUUGCAGAGUUGGUGUUGAACCCAUCACUGAAAACUGCGCCUGUUUUCUCGCUUGAUGGAAACACAACCAAACAAUUCCAAUAUAGCUUCAUUCGAGUUUUUAUGGCCAGUGGCACCAAAGCAGUCUUAGAAACAAACCAGGAGAAUCAACAGACUUACCUGGCCAUGACUGAACUUGAAUCAGUUUCUAGCUACCAAUCACAAACACCAGCUGAUCAUACCACACAUUAUGACCACCAGCAGAUCCUCAUUAUGGAAGAUGACUCCACUAUCAAAGACGCUGCUGUUUACCUUUAUGAAAACCAUCCAACAACGACCUCUGUCUACACUCUUGAUAGUAACCAAAAACCAGAACUGAUCCAUGGUGCGGCCGUGCCUCUGUCGGAGGACAGCACACUGGUGCUGGUAGGACAUGGCAAGAAAGACUCAGGAGAGAUGACACUGGCGGGGCACACAGCACGAGAUGUCGCCCAAAUCAUUCAACACACCUUCAGGGUCUCUGAUAAAAUCAAAACAACAAGUGUUGUGGCCCCUGAGGUCGGAUCAGAUAAAGCAUUCGUUGAAACCCUGAUGAGGGAGCUACAUGACACCGCCAACAUCGAGACAGAGCUGCACCUCAGGGAUACUCUGGUUCAGGUCAGGCACACAGGAGAGAGAACCACCCCAGAGAUUGUUCCAGAAGGGCUGCGAUGGCGAGGUAAAGGUGACAGCAAGAAAGUGGUGGCCAAUCGCGAUAGGAAGGGAUAUGUACUUCUUAGAGAGGAGCCCGCCAGUAGAGGAGAGGCAGUUUUUCCCAAUGAAAGAAACCUUCUAAUACCCAAGAAUCCAGUCAAUCGUUUUAAGGUCUACAGAGACAGCUGGCCAGAUUUGCCAAAGAGAUUUAUUGACCAGAAUGUUUUAGAAAAGUUUGACAGUGCUGACCAAAUACGUCAUGCUUGUGAUGAACUUGAAGCUCUAUCUUGGGCAUUCUUUCACACAGACCUGCCCCUUCCAGAAAAAAUUAACACUGAAAACUUAAAUCUGAAAGAGUAUUUUCUAACAAAAAAAAUAAAAAUUUAUUUAAACAAUGAGAGGAAAUGGAAGGCAGAGAGAAGAUUAACUGAGCAAGAACAAAAGGAUAUUCUCUCCAACUGUUACAAGAUUAAGUCAGGAAAAGAUGUCAGAAAUAUCAUUCAUCACUAUGCAAAGACUGGAGAAAACAGCCUUACAUACCUGAUGGUCAAAGACUGGAUAUUCAGUGUUGAUCCUAUAAGUCUGUAUGUCGCUCCAAUUGGAAAAAAGCUUGACAACAAUCAGAUAGAAGAUAAGCAGAAAAUUAAUGAAGUUUAUGAGUGCAUUCGUGAUCACAUAGACAAAGAAAAAUACUCAGACAUGCGACCAAGAAUUCUUAAAGAUAACAAUAUAAAUAACCCAAAAGAAAGCUACACUGAAUAUGUGAAAGGUAUUUUUCUUGGAGAGCAUACAACUACUGUACCACUAUCCACUGAGGCCUGGUACACCACAUAUUUCACUGCAUCAGUUAUAUCUGAAUCUGCUAGAAACUUCCGGACAUUUCCUCUGGUGCUUAUGGCCCUGGAUAUGGCCGACAAUCCAGACAACAACAUUCGAGAGAAAGGACAGGAUUUUCUUUUAGAAGAGCAUUCAAUGGCAAGAGGCUUUACUUGGGUUGACCCAAGCAGACGUGGAUUUAGUGGCUCAGCAACACCUGAAGGUUCCAGCAAAUUAGAAAACCGAUACAACCCUAGAAAUAAGAAAGACUUAAUGAAUGACCUUAAAAAACUCAUAACAAGAGAAGUUAAACAGUACCAAUCGUGGAUUCAAGAUGAAAAUGAAAUUUGGCCUCAGAUAUUGAAAACUGCAGAAAAAUACACGAUAACUGAAAGUAAUUCAGUUCAAGAAACAAACAAUUAUAAAACUUUCAAAGCAAAAGACAGCAGCAGACCUUUGGCAUCUGGAUCAUUAGGAGGCUAUGAUGACAGCCAGGUAACACCUCAAGACUUAAAAUCUGCCUCAGAGUUGGAAAAUUCCGUCAAACUUGAAUCAUAUUUCUCCAGGGUGAGAGUAUUAUCAGCUGAACAAAUUCACACUCAGUUAACGGCAAAAUAUGGUGAAAAUCUGGCAGAGUUGAGCGUCCAGGGGGACAGUGCCAGAAUAGAAAAUGGACAGUUCAUAUGUCAACUGUUCAAGGGUGCUGAUACUGAACCUUAUGAGUUUAGGGCCGAGUUAUCUCCAGAGAGUCAAAGUUACAAUGACAGGUUGUUGGAGAGCAUUGACACAGCAAUUAAUGACAUGGAGAUUCACAGUUCAACCUCCUCCCAUCAAGUCAACAAGUAUGUAGAGCACACUGGGACUGCUGUUGGGACACUCGGCCUCAUGCUGGGAAUGAGAGGAGCUGUUCGUGCUUUUGAACAAGGUGACAUCGCAGAUGGUGUGGUGGGAUCUCUGCAAACUGCUCAUGGCGUGACGACUAUGACAACAUCUGUUAUUGCAAGACAAACUCUGUCCUCACAGACAAGAAUCACCAGAGCUGCGACAGCGAUCAUGAAAAGCCCUGCCAUAAAGGGCACUAUGACGGUUAUACCAGUAGUGGGAAUGGGAUUUGGGGUAUACAAUUUGGCACAAGAUUUGAAGCGAGGUGACACCCUGGGAUAUAUUGAUGCUGCCCUAGACGCUGGUAUGAUUCCUUUGGAUGCUCUUGCAAUUGUUCAGCCUGAAGUGGCACCGCUUAUAGUGGCUCUAUCAGCAGUCCGGACAGUCAUUGAUGAUGUUUAUAUGGGCAUACAGAACGAACUAAAAAACAUCCCGAAGGAAGCUGGAGUUCUGGAGAAACUGCGGGCUGUUUCUUCUGGCUUUGUAAAGGGAACUUUACACUUUGCAAUUCACGUAGCAAGCUUCUUCUACAAUUGGCGUUACGAUGAAAUUGCGGAGGGGCACAGAUUGGUUGAGCAGAUAUCAGACUAUCACAAAUAUUACAGAAUUACAAAGGAACAGGAUGGAACAAGGGCCAUUGAUUUUAGUGGUGGUGACGCUUCUUGGAAUGGAGGAGGUAUUUACUUCGACCUUGCGGACCAGGGCGAGUCUGAGCUCUGCUUGCACUAUUUUGUAUCUAAUGAUGAGAAAUAUGGGAAGAGUUGUGAGAAAAUUGAUACACAUGGAAGCAAAGAUAUAAUUCUUGGCCUGGGAGAGUCACAUCAAUUAGAGUACACAAAAUUACAGAAGAAAAUCCUCAUGUUCAUACCAGCCGGCUCUGUGAAUGUAGUUUCAGGUUAUAAAGCUGUAUCAAAUUCAAGUUAUGGGGUAUACAAGGGAAAUAGAGAUGCUAAUCGUUUUUUUGCAAUUCAGAAGGCUGAACAAAAAAUGAUUCAAGUCAUGUUAAACUACUAUUACAUGCUUUACGGUGAACCAGGUGAUGACAUAUUCUACCUGGGUCCACAGAGAAGUUUCGUUCAAGGCUCGAGUGGAAAAGACACGUACAUCAUUCCUGAAAAUGGAGGGAAAACAAUCAUUAACAACUACGAUCCUUCCAAAGCACUAGACAUUCUUCAUUUCAGCGUUAAUUACAGUCAGAUUUCUGUGUCUAAAUCUGGAGAUGAUGUUGUGUUGAUGUAUGAGAGCAGUCAUUCUGUUACCAUACAAGGAUGGUUUUUAGGGGAACUGUAUCGUCACAUGACAUUGAUGUCAGGAGACGGUGUCUUAUUUGAGAUUUCCUCCACUGUGAUUUCUUCUGUACAGCUGGUGGCUAGAGGAAUUAACAAGAUGUUUAAGACACGAGGUGAAAUUGUGCACGCAUCAGAGCCACUUCUAAGUACAGUAACAAAUAUCUUGGGGACUCAGUAUAAUGACGAGCUCAUUGGAAAUAGAGAAAAUAAUCUGAUAGAUGGAGGAGGAGGAGUUUUUGAUUAUUUGAUCGGUGGUGAAGGAGAAGACAUAUAUAUAGUGAAAGACAGAGGACACAGAGAAGAGUCUUCAGUGUGGAUUAACAAUGGUGCGUUGGACUCUAAAAUAGACAUGGUCAUAAUAGAAGCAAAUUUCCACACUUUUAAAGCCAGGGCACAAGGUCACAAUGUUGUUCUGAACGCAUUCCACGACAAUGCACCCGUCAAUGUGAUUAUAGUUAAUUGGUUCAGGUUACCAGCAUACAGACAUUUGCUUGUUGUCACAAAGGAUCUGAUCACUUUCACAAUCUCAGAUAACAAGGCUGACUGCCUGGAGAGUGACCCGUUCAACAAGUGCAUAAAAAGUCGCAGCAUUGACUACAGUAACUCCACAUCUGCUCUGGUGGUGGACCUUGAAAAGGACGAGGCUUUUGGCAGCGUGACAGAAGUACACGGGUCAGAGUUUGACGAUGACAUUAGAGGGAAUAAACAUCACAAUGUUAUUUUCCCAGGAAAAGGAAACGAUUUCAUCGAGGGCAGAGGAGGGGAGGACUGGUAUGUUAUCACACCAGGCCAAGGAGUCAAAACCAUCAACAAUAAAUCACCAGAUCUAGCUUUGGAUAUUCUCUUCCUGAAAGAACAAUAUCACCAUAUAAAAUGUAGUUGUGAAGAACAGAACAUUAUCAUUUGGGUACACGGAAAGCAAGAUGUUAUUUUGCAGAACUGGUUUGAUUCAAAGAAUUAUCAGCACCUGCAGAUCAAGACCAGUGACGGAAUAACAGCUGGACUGAUGCCCAACCAUAGCAGCUGUGCCGAGUCUCUAAUGUUCCCCUUAACUGUUGAUUAUAGAAACCAGGAAUCUGAACCACUUCAUUCACUCCAAACAACUCUCCAGAAACGGUCAGUAGAUGUAGAAGAUGAUUUGACUUCUUCUGGACAUGAUGGGUGUUUCCGAUAUACAAGAAAAAAUUCUGAGGACAGAUUCUUCUGUGACCGUCAAGGCAAAGUGAUGAUGAUGAAUAAUGCAGAGUCAGUCAAAGAAAUGUACGGUUCCUCGGGUUUCGACAUCAUGGUUGGGAACAGCAAAGAGAAUCUGCUUGAUCCUUACACUGGAGGUGCAUUGAUGUUUGGAGGUGAAGGAAAAGACACUUACAUAAUCAAACAUGAAUAUGGAAACAACUUAUUGAUCGAUAACUUUGCAGAAGAUCAGAAUAUUGAUACUGUGUUGGUUGACAUGGAUUUUUUUGAUGGCAGCCAAGUUGCAUUUGACUCAUCAACAGCAGAUCUGAAUGUGACGAUCACAACAAAUGGGGAACAAUUAAAAUUUAGUCUGCUCAACUACAAUGAUGGUGACCAACAUCAGCACCUAGAGUUUCUGAGCUCUGAUGGAGUGACUUUUAAAUUGAUAUCACUAAACUCAACUGAAGAUGCUAGUUCCUUUCAAACUGAAGCUUUCAAAGUGACUCUGAAACAAUUGCAGGUUGACUGCCGUUUGGACUUUAGCUCUCAGAGAAAUCUGUCAAAGGUCCACACUGUGCAAGGCUGUCCUGCCCAGUCCAAUGACAUACUAGGCAAUGACCGAGACAAUGUUCUAAUUGGUGGAUGGAAGGAUGACGCCUUGGAAGGAGGUGAAGGAGAUGACACACUCAUAGGGGAAAAAGGAGCUGACAUCCUGAUUGGUGACUUGGGAGACGACACUCUUUAUGGCGGUGAUGGAAAUGACACAAUGAUGGGAAACUCUGGUCGGGAUGUUUUCAUUCCUGGACCAGGGGCUGAUCUGGUGGAUGGCGGUCCUGGCAGAGACGCUGUUCUCUACCGAGGUGAUCCUGACACAGGUAAAGGGGUUUAUGUUAACCUGCUGACUGGACAAGGCCGCUAUGCCGAUGCUGAGGGGGACGUGCUGAAGGACAUUGAGACAGUCAUUGGCACCAUCUAUUCUGAUGUCUUGGUGUCUGGUUAUGAAAGUGCUCUUCUCAAAGGCUCUGACGGCAAUGACAUCUUAGCGUCCACUGGUGGUGAUUACUUGGUCGGGGGUGAUGGAAAUGACAUUUACAUGUUGGCUUUCCACCACGGUUCAGUCACCAUUGAUAACUGUGCAAAUGACACAGCUACAGACGUCUUGUACUUGAGCUCACAGUCAACACAGAUAUCUGAGUGCCAACGUUUAACUGACAAAGUUCUCCUGACUUUCUCUGGACCCAACCAAAGUACUGUUAAUAUUGCACUGAAAGGCUGGAUCAGUGAUGAUAAUGAGUGUGGUCAUUUGAAAUUUUUCUACAGAAAUGGGGAGGUGGCCGUGAGUGAGCUGCUGCAAGAGUGUCAGUCAAAAUAGAAGAAAGCAGCUUAGUCUUCAGCCAUCGGUUUAUCUGCAGUCUUGUCCUCUUCCGCUGCGUUGUCAUUUUACAAACAUGCAGAAAAUCAGUUUUAAAGGCGCAAUAACAAAAGUCGUAGAAACAAACAGAAACAACUGUUGAUGCAGAUGUAAUGUAGAGUUCUAUAAUGCUGCAGCUGAAAUGUAUCUUUGAAAGCAAAGACAGCAUCUGAAUUUAAUUCAUCAUUUGUAAUUUUAUCUUCAUUUAUCUUUUGUUAUUUCCAGUUGUUUGUUAUUUGAAAGCUUGUGGUCAAGACAUCUGAUGAAUGACACUGACUAACCUUGCUUUCUUUUUAAGAGGGUGAGUGAAUUGGAUCGCAUUUAGUAAUGUUUUAAACGGAUGUUACUGGAUCUGAAUGUUACUGGAUUUGAGCUGGAUCUUAUUCACUGCAUAUAUGCUGCUUUGAUUUAAAUGUUAAGGCAUUUUUUUAAUGUAGUCAAAUUCAUCUAACUUUUAUUGCACUCAAAUGUUUCAUAAUCAUACCAAUU